AUGGCCGAAAACACCAACUACGAAUUCAAGGGAUGGGUCGGCGAGGACCCCUCGGCGGCCGAGGGCAACAUGAAGUGGAAGACCUUUGAGCCCAAGCCCUGGGAGGAGACAGACGUGGAUAUCAAGAUCACACACUCUGGCAUCUGCGGCUCAGACCUUCACACCAUCAGCUCCGGAUGGGGCCCCGCUGACUACCCCUGCGUCGUCGGCCACGAGAUUGUCGGCGUUGCCGUGCGCGUCGGCUCCCAGGCCGAGGGUGGCAUCAAGGUGGGCGACGUCGUGGGCGUGGGCGCGCAGAACGACUCGUGCCUGGGCCGCGACGGACCCUGCGACGCCUGCGACAACAACUCCGAGCAGUACUGCAGUGGCAACGUCGGCACCUACAACUCCAAGCACCGCAACGGCGGCAAGUCCAUGGGCGGCUACGCCCUCUACCACCGCUGCCCCUCGCACUUUGUCAUCAAGAUCCCUGACGGCCUCGCCCCCGAGGCCGCCGCCCCCAUGCUCUGCGGCGGUGUGACCGUCUACUCCCCCCUCAAGCACUUUGGCUGCGGGCCCGGUAAGAAGGUUGGCGUCGUCGGUGUCGGUGGCCUCGGUCACUUUGCCGUCCUCUUCGCCAAGGCCCUCGGCGCGGACGAGGUCGUGGGCAUCUCGCGCAAGGCCGACAAGAAGGACGACGCUCUCGCCCUUGGCUGCGACGACUACAUUGCCACCUCCGAGGAUGACGGUUGGGAGACCAAGAACAAGAGCCGCUUCGACCUCAUCAUCUCCACCGUCUCCUCCCCCAAGGUCCCCUUCACCGGGUACAUUGGCAUGCUCAAGAUGGACGGCACCAUGGUCCAGGUCGGUGCCCCCGAGGAGGCCUUGCCUCUGCACGCCUUCUCCCUCAUCCCCGGGCGCAGGCGUCUUGCCGGCUCCAUGAUUGGCAGCCCCUCGGACAUUCGCGCCAUGUUCCAGCUCGCCGCCGACAAGAACGUCAAGCCCUGGAUCGAGCAGCGGCCCAUGAGCGAGGCCAACCAAGCUAUCAUUGACUUUUCCGCCGGCAAGCCGCGUUUCCGCUACGUCCUCGUCAAUUAA